AUGGCCCCCCAGCCACACCCCGCGCCGGCGCCGGCGCCGACGCCGGCGCCCACCGUCGUCCGGCAGGGCAGAGACACGAUCGUGACGGUGCUGAGCACGAUGCCGGCGCCAUACGUGCCCACUGAAGCGGCGACGCAGAGCAAGGUGAACGUGGGCCCGAUUGUCGGCGGCCUUGUCGGCGGCAUCGCCGCGGGACUGGCGGUCAUGGCUUUCGUGUGGUGGUACAUCCGGCACCGGAGAGAGAACCGCGAAGCCGCGCGCCGCGCAUACAUCCGCCGGCGGCACAAGCAGAUGAUGGCGCAUGCAAAAGCUCGGAGCCAGUACUCUGCCUCGUCGUCGAUCUACAGCGGGACGCUGCUCAAGACGCCCUCGCCGACCGAGAAGAGCUUCGACGCCUCGGUGCCCUUCCCCGCCCCGCCGCGCACAUAUUCCCGGGCGAAGGAGUAUGACCCGUUCAACACCGACAGGGGGUACGGGUACGAGGCCGCGCCCGACUACGUGCAGGCGCAGGGGUACGAGCCUGCGCUCCUCGGCGUGCUCGAGCCUGCGGUGGCGGCGCAGGCGCAGGCGCAGGCGCAGGCACAAGCACAAGCGCAGUCGCGAUACAGCCGCUCGUCGAUGUCGCAGUACACCUCGGCGCCGGUGACGCGGGCCAAGUCUAUCCCGCGCAAGUCGGUGCCCGCGCUCCCGCCGUCUCCGCCGUCUCCUUCCUCCUCGUCCUCUCCCUCUUCCUCGUCGUCCCCCCCCUCCCCGCCGAACGAGAGGGCGCGCAACUCGCGCGGCGCGCUGCGCGCCGCCGCCGCCGACCAAGCGGCCGCGAAUGCCUCCUCCCCCCUCUCGAGCCGGCACCGGCCCUCCCGCCCCUCGCCGCUCUCCGACCAGUCGCCCGCGACGUCGGACUCGUCGCACGCGUACGCCGCCGCCGCCCAAGGCGCGUGGGGCAUCGGGGGCACGCGCGACGGCGCGCCCGCCGGCCUCGGCAUCGCAGGCGCCGGGCUCGAGACCGACUUUUCGCGCGGCAGCUUCUACGAUGCCGCGCCCGACGUGCAGACGACCGUGCGCGGCGGGCUCAGCGCCGACGAGAGCCGCCAUCUCUCCGUGCCCCCCGAUGCGUAUGCAGAGUACGGGCAGUAUAUUGGCGGCAUAGAGGCUGGGAUCGAGGGGGAGGAGCGCAGGCAGCGCUGGAUUUAG